CCUUCUAUCUUGUAGCGCGUUUCCAAUUGCUUAGCCGUAUCCUGACUGUAUUUCCCGCUUUCGGGAGCAGGAUUCAUUUGAUAAGGCGCGGCGCGGAACGGGUUAAGGAGCGGGGGUCCAGAUUCCUCCUCUCCUGCUCGCCAUGAUGAACAAAUGAACUCUCGGGGAAUGAAAUUUAAAUUUCACAAAGGAGAGAAAGUCCUCUGUUUCGAACCAGACCCCACAAAGGCCAAGGUGCUUUAUGAUGCAAAGGUUGUUGAUGUUGUUGUUGGGAAAGAUGAAAGGGGAAGAAAGGUCCCAGAGUAUCUGAUUCAUUUUAACGGUUGGAACCGAAGCUGGGAUAGAUGGGCAGCAGAGGACCAUGUUCUGCGUGACACGGAUGAAAACCGCCGAUUACAGCGUAAACUGGCACGAAAAGCUGUGGCUCGCAUGAGGAGAAAGGGAUGGAAGAAGCGACGCUGUCGUCUUCCAGGUGUUGACUCGGUGUUAAAAACCCUUCCUGAAGACGAAAAAGAAGAAAAUGAUGAUAAUUCUUUAACGUCCUCUUCAGAAGACAGUGACGAGGACGAUUCAGAGGACGUAGAAUCAUUGAAAAGUGAGGAGUCUGAUAUUGAAGAAACUGCAGAAAUGAAAGAAGAACAAGAAACUCAUCCAAAGAAGGAAACUGAGGACAAGGCAAUAAACAUUGAAAUCCCUGAGGUUUUGAAGAAGAAACUGGAAGAUGACUGCUACUACAUUAACAAAAGGAAGAAGCUGGUCAAACUUCCUUGCCAGAUGAACAUUGUAAGCAUCCUGGAGUCCUAUGUAAAGCAUUUUACAAUAAAUGCAGCUUUUUCAGCCAACGAAAGAUCUCGCCACCAUCAGACAGCUACUCAGAUGAACCUCAACCCUCAUUAUGUCCCACCGGAGAAGAAUGAAGAGCUUUGUAAAGAAAUGGUGGAUGGCUUGCGGAUAACAUUCGAUUUUACGCUCCCAAUGAUUCUGCUUUAUCCAUAUGAGCAUGCUCAGUUCAAGAAGGUCAGCUCGUCCAAGCUUUUUCUGCCCAUAAAGGAGAGCUCAGCCACUACUAGCAGCAGGACACUGGAAGAGCGCUCUCCCAGCCCUAUUGCCUUGAACCCCUCCACGCCGCAGUCCACAGACAGCCAGCAGCCUGCUGGCGAGGUCUCCACACCCAAACGCAAGAAAGCUGAGCCCGAGGCUCUGCACUCCCUGCGCAGGUCCACGCGCCACACCUCCGGGGGUGACCGGCUGUCGGAGAGCAGUGCCUCCCCGCAGCCUAAGCGCCGCCACACAGACACGCCUGCACCGCUGCCCAAGUUCUUCCUGAACAUAGAGAAGAAAACUCCUGUUCACAGCGGCUCCUCAUCUCCUCUCACUCUCACGCCCAGCAAGGAAGGAAGUUCAAUGCUGUCUGGUCUGGAAAGCAGAAGAAACAACGAACUGAAUGAGGUGCUAAGCUGGAAGCUGACUCCUGACAACUAUCCACAGAGUGACCAGCCACCUCCUCCAUCCUACGUGUAUGGAUCGCAGCACCUGCUGCGUCUGUUUGUGAAACUUCCGGAGAUCCUGGGGAAGAUGCACAUUCCUGAAAAGAACUUAAGGGCCUUAGUGAAGCAUCUGGAGCUUUUCCUGAGGUUUUUGGCUGAUUAUCAUGAGGAUUUCUUCCCGGAAUCUGCCUAUGUAUCUGCAUCAGAGGCUCACUACAGCAUGAAACAUCCGCGGGCAAUCUACUGACGCUCAUGUUGAAAAAGGAAACCAAUCAAAGCAUUUCGGGAAGCGAUCAUUACUUUGCAGAUUUUCAUGCCCUGUAGCUAGAGCCAAAGCUUUAGAGGACUAUGAAUGACCUUCAUUUACCAGAAAGUGGACAAGUUGCAUCAUUUAAAGUUGCUGAAAUGGAAUUGCUUCCUCCUGUUUGGUGGUGUUGAAGAAUGAACCCGUAUACAGUUUUUAAACUUUACUCAAUCUUCAGACCGGGAAGCAAGCGUUUCUUGUUUGCCUGAGAGCCUUACAUUGACUUUGAAUGCAAAAUGACUGUUUCCUCUUCAUACUGAAGCAUUUCUGGUUCUGGUAUUUUUUUGUCUGAGGAGUAGUCAAGUGCUGCAUGUAAAUAGGAAUUACUUUGUCAUGUCUGAAAUAUCUGUAAUGUUUUGUGCUUUUCAUGUUCUGCUAGCAGUCACGUUGAAAUAUUAUUCGUGUUUUGUUUAUUUCAGUUCAUAGCUUGCUUAAAGGCACAAAAUAAUGUUUUUGUUGUAAAUUGGAUGUUCAUUUCUUUUAGGUAAUUGCUUUAUUUAUUGUAUUUCUGUAAAUGACAGUUACUGUAAUCUUACGUUUUCCAAAUUUUAUAAAUAUCACUGAUCCUGUUUAUAUGUAACUUAGAAUAUAAAAACACCAAUUUAAUUGCAGUCUUUUUCUUUGUCAGAAUGUAUUACAUUUACACAAAGUAAAGGUGUUUUUUUGUACAUUACCCUUACUAUACACAAUGGUGUAAACAUGGGAAAUUGCCAACUCUUUAAAUCAGAUUUGAUUAAUUUUCUCAAAUUUAACUAGUUUGAUACAUAAUGUAAAUGUUAAAAAUCCAGUUAAUGCCUAAAGUAUGCUUACAACCAUAGGAUCAAAAAUGCGAUUUGUAUUUUCUGUUAUCUUGCCAUGUUCUCUCAGAUUUGGUUAAAAUGUUUUCUUUUUUAAAUGUUUAAAGCUAGAUCAAUAAAUCCAAGCAAGAUUUAUCAGAUUUGUAUUGUGCACGACUUGAAGAGUUCCUUUUUCAUGCAGGAGCAAUUCUGUGAUCUACCGAGAUCGUAGUCAUUUUUUUAAACUGCCAAUCCUGAUACAUCUAUAUUUUAAAAUGCAAAAUGUAGUCUUUUAGCUUUAUAAAUGUUUAAAAAAACAAAUUGUUAUUGUUGAGAAAUUCCUGAGUCAAAUGGAUUUGAGUUGUUAAUGUAGUGGGUUAGCUUACUGGUGUAGUUUACCCUUCAGUUGUUCUAUUUGAGGUUUGGCAGAUUCUGAUCAAUGUAAUUUAACUUAUAGUAACUCCAGCUGGAAGAAACAAUAAAAGGAAAAGCCAAGCUGAUGAACCUGACCAAAUGAAGCUUUUGGAAACCAUUGUUUCUGGGAGUUAUGACUGUGAAUGUGGCAUACUUGCUCUGACAUCAGCAGUUUUCAGAGUGGCUGGAGGGCUUAACUCUUGAUUCUGUCUGCACUGUUUCAUUACAGCUAACCAUUAACAUUGAUGUAAAGCAUGUUUGCUAGAUAAUACAGGAAUGAAUGUCAAAAGCAUCCUGUUCCUCAUUUGCAAUAAAACAAUUUUAACAAACC